UGUUGUCGUCUUCCCUAUUCGAAGAAAUUAUCACACAGAUAAAGUUUUUGGCUUCAAAAGUCAUUCUAAAUUAUGUAGGGUGCUAUUUAGCAAAUAUAAUAUUAAUAAAUCUGAAAAAAAUCGACUUAUUUGUAUAAGAAAAAAGAAAUCAAAAAAAUGGAUUUCUCAACCACAGUAUCAACCGAAUACCAAUGGCCUUUUCCAAAGCCCAUCAUCGGAAAACCAUGCCAGCCGCCGUCUCCAGACUCGGCGCCGCCGGCGCGGCCCGCGCCCGUCGCUCCGUACUGCCACUGCGACGCGCACUCCUACUCGCCGCGCGUCCAGCAGUACCAGCAGCUGCUGGAGAAGGAGAAGAAGCUGUGCGACGACUACGAGCAGUUGCGGAGACAGAUGGUAGACGUUACAAAUGACAUCCUGGACCAUCCUUGCGACGAUUUAGACAGCAAAAUGACCACCAUGUAUAGAUCCACAUACCAGAAAAGAUCAUUCCCAAUAACCGAGUACCGAGCCCUAAUGGCCGCGUCGCAGUCCCCGGCGCCCAUCCCGAUGGAGAGCAACCGGCUCGGCGUGCUGCGCUGCUACAAGGACCCCACGCACUUCUCCGACCCCCCGCCGGUGGUGCGCCCCACCAUCGAACCCCCCCGCGAGGUCCAUACCGGCGUCUCGCCCAAGUCCUUCACGCUGUACAACGCGGACUUCCCUGGGAGGACAGAGUACCAGGACACGUACAGUGCGUCGGCCAAGGCUUGUUGGAGGUCCAUGCAGAGAUACAAGGAGCCCCUGCCGUCGACGCGGCGGCGGGCCGAUGAUCCGUGCGUCUAGUUUUGUGACAAUAAAUGUAAGGGAAGACUGU